GCAGAAACGAGCUGCAAGGGAGGGGUGCGCACUCGAAAGGGGAAUAUCGCCACCGCCGGCAAGCCAGUCUCCGGGAAUAACGCUUAUUCCACACAUUCGGGAUUGCACUGAUUUUUCUUUCCCUUUUUAUAAAUGACUGUUGUUUGGACAGAAGGAACAAGGACGCGCGUUGAAUCCGCACCCGUGGAGCUUUUAAAACCAGCCGUUUCCCAGCUCAAUCCCACCCUCCUCCUGUAAGUUUUCCCUCUUUGUUUCCAGACCUAUCCAAGAUGCCUAGUUCGCUGUUCGCCGACAUGGAGCGGAGCGGCAGCGGCGGGCAGGGGGACGCCCUGGAUGACCAAAGAGCCCUUCAGAUCGCGCUGGACCAGCUUUCCCUGCUCGGACUGGAUAACGAUGAAAAUUCCCUGUACGACAACGAGCCCAGGAAAAAGAGCGUGAACAUGACUGAAUGCGUCCCCGUUCCCAGCUCGGAGCAUGUUGCUGAAAUUGUCGGCAGACAAGGUUGCAAAAUUAAAGCCCUGCGAGCAAAGACCAAUACGUAUAUCAAAACUCCAGUGCGGGGAGAGGAGCCAGUCUUUGUUGUGACAGGCAGGAGAGAGGAUGUAGCCAUGGCUCGCAGGGAGAUCAUCUCAGCGGCUGAGCACUUCUCAAUGAUCAGAGCGUCGCGAAAUAAAAACAGCAGCCUGAAUGGGAACGCUACGGUCCCUGGUCCGCCCAAUCUCCCUGGUCAGACCACCAUCCAGGUGCGGGUGCCCUAUCGGGUGGUGGGGCUGGUGGUCGGACCCAAGGGGGCCACCAUCAAGCGCAUCCAGCAGCAGACGCACACCUAUAUCGUCACACCCAGCCGGGACAAAGAGCCAGUGUUUGAGGUGACAGGCAUGCCUGAGAAUGUAGACCGUGCCCGGGAGGAGAUCGAAGCACACAUCGCCAUGCGCACCGGUGGCCUCAUUGAGUUCACAGAUGAAAAUGACUUCCACGCCAACGGCACUGAUGUGGGUUUUGACCUGCAUGGGAACGCCAGCCUAUGGAGCAAGGCCAGCUCUAGCGUCACGCCCACUUCGGGGCGCAAGACUUUCUCCAACUACCGCAACGACAGCUCCAGCUCUCUGGGGAGUGCCUCCACUGACUCGUACUUCGGCGGCAACAACAGCAGCUCCAGAAUGGCUGAUUACAGCCCACCCAGCCCCGCCCUCAGCUACACUGCCUCCAGCAACGGCAACAACAAUAACAACAACAUCAACAUGAACGCCAACGCCAAUGGAUUUGUCUACAGCGGCGAGGUGAUCUCGCCAGAUUGCACUGACUUGACCUUCGAGUCGUCGCCAGGAUUUGAUCCUACUCCUGCGCCGCCAGGCUUGAUGUGGUCGCAGUAUGAACGCGCCAAUAAUGGUACCCCGGCCUCCUCACCGGUUUUCUCUACGAAUGCUUCCACGAAUGCCAAUAAUGGGCUGCUGGCAGGCCAGCGCCGGGUUAAUAAUGGGGUGGGGUGCACCAGUCAACGGCUGUCCCCGCCGUUGCACCAAUCCAACAACAGCGCCACCGAGCACCCGCUGGCACGAAGAGUGCGCAGCGACCCAGGCGGAGGCACUCUCAGCUUCCCUGGCUACUCCCCAGUCCUCCCGGGAUCCCAUCACCCUGGGGUGCCCUCCGACUCCUCAAUCUCCUCGUCCUCUUCAUCAUCGUCGUCCUCCUCAUCUGGAACGAGCCGCAAGGGAAGUCGGGACUGCUCGGUGUGCUUCGAAAGCGAAGUAAUCGCGGCCUUGGUGCCCUGCGGCCACAACCUGUUCUGCAUGGAGUGUGCCAACCGCAUCUGCGAGAGGAACGAGCCCAAAUGCCCCGUCUGCCAUGCUGCAGUUACUCAGGCUAUACGUAUAUUUUCGUAAGAAAACAGACCCUAAUAACGUGCGUGCGUGCGUGCGUGUGUGUAUGUGUGUAUAUAUACAUAUGUAUGUAGAGCUGCAGUAUCCAAAACAACACAGAAAAAAGGGACGGUCAUUGCGGUUGUAAAUGUUCAUAAAUGUACUGUAGCUCGGGAGAAAUAUUUUCAACAUCUAAUGCAUGUUUUAAAUAUUAAAGCCUAGUAAUCAAUAGUUUUAGUCAACUGUACACAAGCGUUAAUGAAGUAAGGACGGCGAGCGGUCUCGCACGAGGUACCUUAGUCAGUCAGUUGGUCGACUGUUAGCAUACACGAGCGAGCCUUGCGUUUUUUUUCCGGCUGAUCGAAUGUACUGGUAGCAGAGACCCGGAGGUUUGGGGGAUCUGAACGGGACACACACAGACACACACACAGCAGUGGAGAUGCUGCAGCUUAUCACACGAUGGAACUCGUUCGAGGGAGAACAGCAACAUAUCCUACAUAUAUAUGUAUAGAUCAAACCAGAAAUUCCACAAGUUUUAAAUAUUCAUGACAUUAAUACAGAUUGAAGUAUUUUAUUCUUCUUUUUUGACUUGAAAGAUUAUAUUUCGUAUCGCAAAGAUGUUUACAGAUAUUUUAAUUUAAGUUCAGUGAACUUUUUUUGUAGCUGGGUUCAAAUAUCUUUUUUAUUUUUUAGUACGGCCUUACGGCGACGAACACUGUAUUAUUUUAAUAUCACGCGAGAUGUGGACGGCGACCACGCAAAGUGUAUCGAACAGUAUUCUGUUGGGUUGGAGGGCUUCUACGUUCAGCAAAAAGAGAGAGGGAGAGAGGGAGAGAGAGAGAAGGCGUCUUUUGAAUCCGUUUCACCCAGCAUAUUUUCUAUUCAGUAAUAUAAAGCAUAUUUUAUUCUAUAUUAUUACGAAAUGUCGAAAUAUGUAUAAAACUUAGUACGUUCAGACAAAAAGGAACCGUUUAAGCUUUCUAAACAUUUGUAUGAAUUAGAUUCCAGUGGGUACCACAGAGUUCUGUUCUGUUGCGCCACUAUAGGUUUAGGAUUUCUAUUUUAAUACGUUUGUUUACCACUUGUUUAUGUAUAUGUAGGUGAAGUUACUUGAGCGUAUAUGUACUUUAUUGAGCAAAGUUUAAAAACAAAGUAUAUUUUAUUUUAUGAUAAAAGGCCUUUAACCUCAUGGUCAAAUACUAAUAUUAUAUUUGCUGAAACAAGAUUUGAGAAAUGUAUCAAGAGUUUUAUUUUUCUGACAUUUAAAGUUCUACAUGAUAAAGUAAAACUUAAGUAAUGGUGCUACUUCAUGUUUUUUUAAGUAUUUCUAUAUAAGCCCAAUAAAAUGGUACAUGAA